AUGCAAGUUGUUGGGGUCGACGGUCGUGUCGUCGGCUAUCUUUUUUGUUUUUUAAUACUUCAAGCAAAACUUACGAACUCAAGAACCUCUUGGAGGCUCAGUGCUGACAAAGUUGUCAAGACAACAGACUUUGUGAGUACGAUCGAGGAUGAUCCUAUUUUCGAUAUCCUGGCCAGCAGUAUCAGUGUCGGUAAUGGACAAAGUUGGAGUAGAACAGCUGUUUCUGAAAAGCAUGAUAAGAUACAAUCUUACUGUCAAGACUGCAAAAAUGUUGGUGCUGGAAAUCAUGAACGACGAUUCUCGUCAUACGUGUUGAAGGAUACACCAAAUGCCACUGAGUCUUUUCCUUUAUCCACUCAAGUGUCGAAUGAGCAAAUCAUGUGUUCUUCUGGACAAUGUGAGGAUAUAAUCCUAGACUGUGGGAAGCCAGUUAAUUUUACUUAUUAUGAUAAUUUGCUCGGUAUUGCAAAUAGGGAUAAACAUCCAUUGGUUCCAGAACCUAAUGUAGCACUCAUGUUUAAAAAAAAUGGUGGCAAAACAAUGGAAGUUGAUAUUGAUUUAUUAGAAAAACGAUUAAUAAAAGCUAAAAGAGAGAAACCAAAAUCUGUUCAACUUUAUAAUCAGAUUGGGAAUUUUUGGAGGAUAAAAGGAGAUGCACAAAGAUCCAUCGAGUGCUUUAGAAGGGCGCUUGCUGUGUCACCUCAUAACGCAGAAGUUUUAUUAAAUUUGGCUAGAGUGUUAUUAGUUCAACAAUAUUUGGAUGAUGCAACAUAUUUAGCAAGACGUUCAUUAGAACGACAAGCUCCAGAUAGGAAUGCAUGGGAACAAUAUCUUACUCUUGGUCAAAUAUUCAAGGCAUACGGCCAUUACCAAGAAGCAGCUGUACACUUACGACAUGCUUUAGAAUUAAAGCCAGAUCUCUCUGAAGCUGCUGAAGCUUUAAGAGAGAUAGAGUCACUUCCGGCUGCGAGUAUACAUAUCUACACACUACUGAUAAUCAUAUGUUUGGUGCUUGGAGUACUUUUAGUAGUUCUAAGUAGUGUAGAAUGUGACGAAGACUCUAGUCUUGUCAAUGGACAACUUCAACGUCCAGUGCAACGGCAUUUUAGCCGGGCUAUGGCGAUGCGCAGUUUACGACUUAACGUUACUCGCAAUAAACGUUGUUGAUUAUUUGCUAAGAAACAGAAGAACUUUGUGAUAGAAUAAAAAUUUCAGCUGCUGUUAUCAUUUAUCUAUUUACAAAAUAUUAUUUGUAAUAUGAUUUUUAACAAUUAUUUAAUGUAUCAAUAAAUCUGCAAUUUAUUAUAAGUGAAAAUAUACAAUAAAAAGCAACAGUAGUUCUCUUUUACUACAAGAAAAAAGAUAUUGCAUUUAACAUAAAACGCAUGUAUAAGAGUACAUAUAUGUAUAGGGGUGUGUGUAUAUAUGUAAUACAUUUUUAAUUAAAAACGGAAUGUAAUCUGUG